AUGUCAACAAAAUGGUCAAUUGAUGUUGACUUACUACACAAUAAAUAUCAUUAUAAAGGAAAUCAAUCUAUAUACAUUACAUUGCCCAAUAAUUCAUUGCAUUUGAAUGUAUAUAAGUAUAACACAAAUAAAAACAGUGUUAAUAAAGAUCAGCAGCGUCCACAAAAGAUUUCUACAAUUAUAGUACCUAAAUUAUAUGAAUUAUUAAUUGAUUAUGCAUGGUGUCCCUUUUCCACCAGUUGCAUCAUGAAAAAUAACUGCAACCACGAUAAUAAAACCAAAUCGAGUAGAAGUACCAUUAACAAUAAUAAUAUGGAAGUCUGUUUAUUAAGUAAAAACCAUUUAUUAUAUUAUGAUGCCUCGACAAGUAAACAGAUAUCACUACCCAUAAAUUUGCAAGAUAAUAUCGCUAUCAGUGCUACUGGCGACGACAACGAAAAGCAAGAACUAGAUAUACCCAAAACAGUGUUUUGGCACAUUGUGUAUACUAAAAAACCCAGUAAUUGUAUUCUUCAAUCUGGUCUAACUAAAUCUAUGCCACUUUUAUCUUAUGAAUUUAGUGGUGUUCCUAACGCUGCAUUUCCCCUGUUAUCGUCCAACUUUAUUAACGCCUCUACAAGUAACAAAGAUAUUAAAAUAUCAAAUGGAUUAACUAUUAAUGCAAGCAGGGUUAGCACAAAUUUUUUUGGAAAUGAUUUAUAUUACUUAUCGCUAGCAAGCACCUUUGGAACAACUUUUUUCAACAACUAUGAUCUAUUCGACGAUAAGGAAAGUAUAAAGUCUGAUUUAUUUAUAACCUUACAUACAAAUGGGAAAAUUAAAAUCAAUGUUAACAAUUUUUUUCAACUUGAUAUUGAUGUCUCACAAAAUGAGAAUGAUAGAUGUUUUAUAAAGGAAAAUGAAACCGUUAUUUUAAACGGGUACAAUUUGAUUGUUGGUGGUAGUAUUAAUACUAAUACCAAUGAUAGCAUGAUUCUAGACGUGGAUCUAGGUUGCAUAUUUAAGGAUUUCUUAUUAGUUAGCAUUAUAGGUUAUAUUAAUAAAUUAAACUGUCUAUUAAAGUAUUGGACUAAAGUUUGGAGAGAAUAUUUAAUAGAGAAAAAGUUGGUUCCAUUCCAAAACUUUUUAAAAAGAAUAUUGGCUGCAUAUGACGGUGAUAUUGCUGACGCGUUGCUGGAUUUAUAUCUAACAGGGAUGUCAGUUGACCCAAAAUUACAAGAUUGGUUUGUUAAUAGUUUAGGGAAUAAAAAUAUAAAGAAAUGGGAAAAAUUGAAAAACGAAAUGUAUGAUUUCUCACUAAUUGUCUCCAUGUUGAUUUCCUGCCUAGAAAGAGUUGUAGUGGAGUCCGACCAAUUAUUAGGUAGUACGAAAAGCUGGACUUUUCCAAAGUCUCGUAUGUAUCUUCGGGGGGAAAUCCAAGAAUUGGAGUGUUCUAUUAAUAAUUUACAAUCAGCAGUGAGCAACUUGUUGGUGACUUUAGUUAACACAAUUGAAAAAGUCAGACUGGAGAAGCUUCAGCAUGAUGCAUUUUUGGGCUGGCUUAAAAUGUGGUGUUUGCAUAUGGAGGAUGAGGAUAAGCCCAUUAUUUAUAACAAAAAGAAUCCCAUUGAAUUGGAAAAUGUAUUGAAAUUUCUAGUAUCUGGCACGUUAUCUGCUGAGAGUGACUCAUUGCAAAUGGCGCAAACAUUGCAUACAAUGGAGAAAAAAAUGGUACCAGAAAUCAAUAGGAUCUUCAAAUUUUCAAUCCAGGAGAAAUAUCGUGCAAUGGCUAAUAAAAUUUUAAACGAAAAAAUAAAAAUAUAUAAAUUAAAAAGUUGUCAGAUUUUGGACCUCUAUUUGGAACAUGGCACUGAUAACAAUAACGACAAUUGCGACAACAGUAAAAAUCGGAUUUUUGCAUUGCAAAAGUUAAAAUCGAGACCAGACGGAACCUAUAGUGAAAAUAAGAGUGGGGUAAGGAUUACUGAGGUGGCAAACGGGAAUAAAAUACCAAUUUUAUCCAUUGAGCAUAGUAAAAUAUUGGAUGGUAAGUUUUACGAUGGCAAAAACACCAUUGUUUUUAUUGAUAAAGAAAAUAAACAUUUGUUUUUACACGACGGCGUAACACCAAUGUUGUAUAGUUCUGGAAUGAAAGAUUGCGUUAGAUUCCUAAAAGUCAUCCGUGAUGACAAUAACGAUAAAAGCGAUGGCGUUAAAGUUUUGGUGGUUUCCAAUAAUUUUCAAACAGUAUCAUUGCUAGGAUGA